AUGUGUGUUGGUGCGAGAGAGAUGAUGAUGAUGAUGACGACGAUGAGUCCAUUUUGCUGCCCUCAUUUCAAAUAUACUUCUCGGGUACUCAAAAUCAGAGCUACCAUCACUCGUAAUCCGGAAACCACCAUCAAUCUUGAGCUUCAAUCUCCCAAAGACAAGAAGAAUUCUAGAGUUCUGGUACUCGGAGGCACCGGAAGAGUCGGUGGUUCUACAGCCAUUGCCCUCUCUAAGCUCUGCCCUCAACUGCAAAUCAUCAUUGCUGGUCGAAACAAGGAAAGAGGUUCUGCAAUGGUAGAUAAACUGGGGGACAGUUCAAAGUUUACUGCAAUCAACAUUGAUGACUUCAAUAUGUUGCAUGAAGCCUUGAUUGAUGUGGAUCUUGUAGUUCAUUGUGCAGGCCCAUUUCAACAGGCUCAGAAAUGUGCUGUCCUUGAAGCUGCCAUUCAGACCAAGACCGCAUAUGUUGAUGUGUGUGAUGACACAAGCUACGCUUACCGUGCCAAAUCUUACAUGGAUAAAGCAGCCUCUGCAGGCAUUCCUGCCAUAACAACUGCUGGAAUCUAUCCUGGAGUAAGCAACGUGAUGGCAGCUGAACUAGUUCGUGCAGCGAAAGGUGAAACGAAAGGUCAACCAGAGAGACUGAGAUAUUACUACUAUACAGCUGGUUCUGGUGGUGCUGGCCCUACUAUAUUAGCCACCAGUUUUUUACUCCUCGGAGAAGAGGUGGUUGCAUACAGUAAAGGUGUUGAAGUGAGAUUAAAGCCUUACAGUGGAAUGCUCAACAUUAACUUUGGCCAAGGAAUUGGGAAAAAAGACGUUUUCCUCUUAAAUCUGCCAGAGGUGCGAAGUUCUCAUGAUAUCCUUGGACUACCAACUGUCAGUGCUCGCUUUGGAACUUCACCAUUCUUUUGGAACUGGGGAAUGGUAGCCAUGACUAAACUGCUUCCUGCUGACUUUUUGAGAGACAGAAGCAAAGUUGGACAGUUGGUACAGCUAUUUGAUCCACUAGUUCGUGUAGUUGAUGGUUUUUCUGGAGAAAAAGUCUCAAUGCGGGUUGAUCUGGAAUGUUCCGAUGGACAUCAUAGAAUUGGUAUCUUCAGCCAUAGACAACUCUCGAAAUCUGUUGGAAAUGCUACAGCUGCAUUUGUGCUUGCGGUCCUUGAAGGAAGCACAAAGCCUGGUGUUUGGUUUCCGGAAGAGCCUGAAGGAAUUGCUAUUGAGGCAAGGGAAACCCUCCUCAAACGAGCCACACAAGGAACCUUCAACUUUGUCAUGAACAAGGCUCCGUGGAUGGUAGAAACAGCUCCCAAGGAGAUCGGUUUUGGAAUAUAUGACUAA